AAGACAUCUUGUUUACAGAACCAUGUUUGACGGGAAUAUUUGGAUAUUUCGACCGUGAUGUUCUGGGAAAACUUUUACUGGACGAUGAUCUGGCUGCUUUGGGGAGGGUCGCCAUGGUUUAAAUGCAGGAGAAACUGUUCUUCGUUGUUUUGGACCGGAUAUAGUGUGGGCUGGGGCAGAGAUGCGUAACGCGCAGCGCGAGCUCCAUCUUCUCCCCAAAUAGGCAGCGUUCAAGAGCCGAAAAUGUCUAAGUCGGAGGUGAAGAAGGAGUCCGGGGAGUGCAGUCCGUCGGAGGCCGCCUGUCUCUGCUCCCCUCCGGCGGCCAAGAACCAGUGCGCGAGCUGCGGCCUGGAGAUCCACGACCGAUACCUGCUCAAGGUGAACAACCUGAACUGGCACCUGGGCUGUUUGGAGUGUUCAGUGUGCAGAGCGUCUCUGCGCCAACACAACAGCUGCUACGUUAAAAACAAAGAAAUCUACUGCAAACUGGACUACUUCAGUAGGUUCGGCACUAAGUGCGCUCAGUGUGGCCGGCAGGUGUUCGCCAGCGACUGGGUGAGACGGGCUCGGGGCAGCGUGUACCACCUGGCCUGUUUCGCCUGUUUCUCCUGUAAGAGGCAGCUGUCCACCGGGGAGGAGUUCGGCCUGGUGGAGGGCAGAGUGCUCUGCCGCAGCCACUACGACAUCAUGCUGGACAACCUGCGCAGGGCUGCAGAGAAUGGGACAGGACUGACUCUGGAGGGAGCGCUGCCGUCUGAUCAGGACUGCCAACCAAAACCUGCAAAGAGGGCGCGGACGUCUUUCACCGCUGAGCAGCUGCAGGUGAUGCAGGGUCAGUUCGCUCAGGACAACAACCCUGACGCUCAGACGCUGCAGAAGCUGGCAGAGAUGACAGGACUGAGCAGAAGAGUCAUACAGGUUUGGUUUCAGAACUGCCGAGCGCGGCACAAAAAGCAGCCUCAUCAGAGCAGCUUCUCUCAGAGCGCUCCGCUGUCCAGGAUGCCUCCAUCGCUGCCAGACGACAUCCACUAUUCACCGUUCAGCAGCCCGGACCGACCACAUCUCCUUGCCCUGCACGGAUACCUGGACUCUCAUCCCUUCUCCAUGCUCGCCGCUCCGGGCCACCUGACCCACCCGUCCCUCUCGUUACCACAGCUCCCCAUCAGCCGCUGACCUCCUGCUUCGCCUCUCCCCCUCAUCACCGCUCUAUGAUGUUGUGAAAUUAAAAUCCUGUGGGACGUACUGGCAGUAAUCUGCUUUGUGUGGGAGUUUAAUCCCCGGCAGGCGGCAGGGCCCUGGAUGUUUCUGUUUUAAAUCAAGACGGAUUCUUCGCUGGAUUCCUCUUUAAAGACAGCAGACUGUGGCCAUUGGAGGAAUUUCCCGCCUCCAGGACAAGACGGGAGUUUUGUUUUGUUUUUCUGAUGCAGAGAAGACAACCACUUAUUUAAUUUUCUUCUUUUGAUGGGACACAAAACGUUGCAUCAGGUCAGGAUUGUCUUUCCUUUUGUUUACCCGCCCAUGCAUGGUCUCUUAAUUGUGCUGCUGCAAAACGAGCUUUUCAAAAUGAAGAAAAAAGGAGUGUUGUGGCAGUGUUACAGUAAAACCUCAGCAUUUUUUAAGUAUUGUGAUGAGCACAUUUGUAGCUUUAUUGUUGUUUGUUGUGGUGUUGUUGUCAGACAAUGGAAACUCUUAUUUAUUCAGAACUAAUCUUCACUUUUAAAAAAAAGCACUUUUAAAUGUGUCUCGACAUGGAAUAAUUCAGUGAUUGUAUAUUGUAAAUACUGCUACGGUUUAAUAAAAAUGUAUCAGAGCUGUUA